GGCGGGAGGGGCCCAGCAUGUGGCCCCGGUUCCUCCCGAAUGAGGAGGUGGAUCAGCGAACAUCCAGCACCGGCCAACACACGCACAUCUCAGUCUAGAAACUGAGUGGCAGCUAAGCACAUAUAACAACAAACUCAGAAGUGAAGAAAUAAAACAAAAUCGGAUUUCUGAGCGCCGAGGGAGGACAGCAGCAAGACGAGCAGAGCUGGAAGGAAGGAGGAAGUAACGGAUCAAGGGAGGCAGGUGUCUGGAUCCGCUCUGGGCGCGACGGAGAGAGGCAUCCCUGGUCAGUGACGCACGCAGCAGCAUCAGGAGCACCAGGGAUGGAGGGGGAGAAUCACGUUCCAGACGAUCUCACCCCGGCGGAGCAGCAGGAGCUGGAGAAUAUCCGUCGGCGAAAGCAAGAGCUGUUGGAGGACAUUCAGCGGCUGAAGGAUGAGAUAGCAGAAGUAACCAGUGAGAUUGAGAACCUUGGUUCCACUGAGGAGAGGAAGAAUAUGCAGAGGAACAAACAGGUGGCCAUGGGCCGAAAGAAAUUCAACAUGGACCCCAAAAAGGGGAUCCAGUUCCUGAUCGAAAAUGACUUGCUGAAGAACACCAGUGAUAACAUCGCUCAGUUCCUCUACAAAGGCGAGGGCCUGAACAAAACAGCCAUCGGAGAUUAUCUUGGAGAGAGAGAUGAAUUCAACAUCCAGGUUCUCCAUGCUUUUGUGGAACUUCAUGAAUUCACAGACCUCAACUUGGUUCAGGCCCUGAGGCAGUUCCUGUGGAGUUUUCGUCUGCCGGGAGAAGCCCAAAAGAUCGACCGCAUGAUGGAAGCCUUCGCUCAGCGCUACUGCCAGUGCAACCCUGGUGUUUUCCAGUCCACAGACACAUGCUAUAUCCUUUCCUUUGCCAUCAUCAUGCUAAACACCAGCCUUCACAACCCCAAUGUGAGGGACAAGCCAACUGUGGAGCGGUUCAUCUCCAUGAACAGAGGCAUUAACGAUGGAGGAGACCUACCUGAAGACCUGCUCAGGAAUCUAUACGACAGCAUCAAGAAUGAACCUUUCAAAAUUCCCGAAGACGACGGCAACGACCUCACACACACUUUCUUCAACCCAGAUAGAGAGGGCUGGCUGUUAAAGCUGGGAGGGGGCCGGGUUAAAACAUGGAAGAGAAGAUGGUUCAUUCUCACAGACAACUGUCUUUAUUACUUUGAGUACACCACAGACAAAGAGCCCAGAGGAAUCAUCCCAUUAGAGAAUCUGAGCAUCAGGGAGGUUGAGGAUAAGAAGCCUAAUUGCUUUGAACUUUUUAUCCCCGACAACAAAGAUCAGGUAAUAAAAGCCUGCAAAACUGAGGCGGAUGGCCGCGUUGUCGAGGGCAACCACACCUUCUAUCGCAUCUCUGCCCCCACUGCAGAGGAAAAGGAGGAAUGGAUGAACAGCAUAAAAGCUGCUAUUAGCAGGGACCCCUUUUAUGAGAUGCUUGCAGCCAGGAAGAAGAAAGUGUCGUCAAUUAAGAGGCACUAGAGCCGAUCGGCUCCUCCAACGUUGCACUUGACAGAGAAGGGGGGUCUGCCUGUCUGCUUCCCGCAUCUGGGUCGGUGCAGAGGCCACGGUUGAGGCCUCCCUCAGACCUCUCCAAGGAAUUAUUUAAGGAUUGGCUCUGGAACUCUACAGGCUGUAAAAAACAGGAAGCAUGCUGGGGAUUUAGAUAAAAGCCGGGGGGUCAAAGCUUCCUCCAACCUUCUGUCUCAAUGUCUUCUCUUGUAUUCACUCACAGCUUUGAAAGUCUCAGGCUGGAAGGGAGUCUUGCUGGUAAAAUCCCCUUUGAAAAAGCUUUAAAUCGACACACGUCAUUUUAACUCAGCAGGUCUGACCCAAGCGUGGCACCACCAACCAAAUGAUUCCUCAACGAUCUUUUCUGACGUGCUUAAAUAUGUUUUAGUAACAAGUAUCUAUUUUGUAAAGCUUUCCUUGGUAAUUCCUAUUUGCUUGUCCACCUUUGGUCAUAAUAGACUGUUCCUGCGGCAGGGAUUGCUGAAAAGCUGUUUCACAUGGAGCGUUUGAGCAAUUUGGGAUAGUUUAGUGGUUUUUUGUUUUUUUUUAAACUGUAAACCCUUCUUUUACAAAAAGAGUUGCCACUCGGGAGAUUAAAACAAAAACAAAUGGGAACCUCCUCACAACAGCAACCAUUCAAAUCUUUCCUGGACAUAGUCUUUCCUGAAGGUCCCGGAGAUGCUUCAUGCGGAUUAGUGGCUCAUUAAGAAGAUGAGCAUCUCGAUCACCUGAGUAUUUGAAGUAGAAAUCUGGCAUUAACUACAUCAACAUUUAAAACAAUGCACCUCAUCCUGAACUCACCAUCCCCACUGUGGAGUCUGGUAUUGGCAGUGUCAUGAUGCGGGAAUGAUUUCUAGGCUAAUGAUUCUAACAAAACAGUCAUAGCUCAGCGUGUCUUUGACACAGCUUGUGUGCAAGUAGAAUACCGGAGAAAAGGGCAAAGUUUCAUGGAAACGUAGUCGAAACAAAGAGAGACAGAUGUGGAAUAACCAAUAAAAAUAACUUCACUAUUGUUGUGGUUAAAGCACAGAAAGCCAGAGUGGGCAUUUGUAAAAUGGGCCUUCUCUGUCUGCAUUUCUAAUUAUCUCCAGAUAUCCAGUUCACACCCAACCACCAAAAGCUGAGUUUUGAAAAAUCUCUGUUGUCAUAGAGAAUAGGAUUCCCUUUUGUGAGUAAGUGUGGACAGAGACUUAGUUUCUUUCUCAAACUUUUUGCUAUUUCAAUGAAAUGUAAGCUCAGUAUCACUGUAUGAUACUGAAGUCAUUUAAAUGUUGGAGAAUGUUAAUGCUUGGCGCUUUUGAGAAAAUAUGACUGGAAUUGCUGCUGGUUGGCGAGCCUAAUUUAGUUUAUUUACCCUGUCAAGCACCUGUUUCUUAUGUUUUUUUUUUUUACAUUUUCUGUACUGCGUUGGCUUUUUGAUUGUUGAACAUAACCUCUCUGUAAAAUACUGUAAACUUCAGGUUGUUUGUGUUGAAGCCAUAUUGUAAAAAAAAAAAUGUAUUGCUGUUGAAGCUCUAAACUAUGCCUGUAAACGAGUGGGAUGUAUUUCAUCUCAGGAUGUUUUGUAUGAAAUGGGGACAGGGCUGCAGCGGUGACAAAUUGAAAAUACAAUCACAAAUUUUGCAUUUAUUUUUUCUAUUUUUUUUCUUAUCCAAAGUCAAUAAUUUGUUCAGUUUCCUGUUUCUAGUCAUUUCUGUCGAUGCACUGCUUACAGAGGAUUAGGAGGAGCGCAGAGCAGUCAAUUCUCAACAGUAUUUUUUUAUUUAUCUAAGUUGUAUAUAUUUGAAUAUAUAGUGGGCAUUUUGUCCUGAGUUUUGUUAGUUUUGACAUUGUUUUUGUUUAGUACACUGCUAUAGUAUUUCAGAAUUCUUAUGAAUACCAUUUACUCAAUUUGAAAUAAAGCCUAAUUUGUGUCAA